GCUGUGGUUGCGCCUGACUCUGAGGAAGCGCCUCUCGACGGAUCAGCUGGAGUUAAGAAGAACCAGGACGGAGAUUUUCGGCCAACAAAACAGCGAAAACGGAGAAAUUAUGUGAAAAUAUAAUAAGCGUACACUACAGCGGAGACAUUAAGAUCAUCGUCUGGGUGGCCUAAAGGAGUGACACACACUUCUGUCAAACAGCGUAUGUGUGCGUGAUUGAGAUGGAGCAAGGUGUGGUGGACAGCCCUGUCAUCCUGGUAAUCAAAGCACCCGAUCAAAAGUACGAUGACCAGACCAUCAACUGUUUCCUGAACUGGACAGUGGAGAAACUAAAGAGGCAUCUGUCCAAAGUUUAUCCCAGCAAACCUCGCUCCAAGGAUCAGAGGCUGGUCUACUCUGGAAAACUCCUGCAGGAUCACUGUAAACUCAGAGACGUGCUCAGAAAGCAGGAUGAGUUCCACAUGCUUCAUUUGGUCUGUGCUUCCCGCAGCCCACCUCCUUCCCCCACAACACGCAGGAGAAACAGCAGCACGAGCCCGUCUGUGAAUGCUGACAACUCUGGAGGUUUCACCCCUGCUGGUAACGUCCAGUCAGCUUCCUCUGAAGAAACCCCUAAUAGGCUGAGCCAGAAUUCAGGAUCCGUCCCCAAUCAAACAUCCACAUAUGGGUAUGCAUGGGCUCAGUGGUUGGAUCAGCAUGGACCGAAUGCACAAAUGCCACACUACCCCAUGUACAACCCCAUGACUCUGCUCUGGUGGCAACAGCUCUAUGCCUGGAAUUACCAUAUGAGCUAUCAAGCGUGGGCCAGCUCCAUCAGACCAUCCCAGCAGUCAACCUCGCCUUCAGUCUCCCCUCCCAGAGAAGGGCGGGAGCCUGUCCGAGAGAACCCUCAGAAUGCCCCGGCUGGAGAGGGGCAGAAUGAGGAGGAUCUGAACCGUGAUUGGCUGGACUGGGUGUAUACAGCAUCCCGAGCUCUCAUUCUCCUCAGCAUAGUAUAUUUCUAUUCGUCCUUCAGCCGUUUCGUCAUGGUAACGGGAGGCAUGCUGCUGCUGUACCUGCAUCAGGCUGGCUGGUUGCCCUUUAACCUGGAGAACGAGCUCCAGGAUCUCGCUGACCCAGCCAAUCACGAUGAUCUGAACGCGGAGAAUCAAAAUGACCUGCAAGAGAUGGAGAGGCUGGCAGACGAAGGUGAGGAAGACGAUGAACAAAGAGGAGAGGGAACAGAUGAUGCAGAGAGAGGGAUGAACAUGGGCUUUUUCUCUUCUGCUUGGUCUUUCAUCACCACGUUCUUCGCCUCCCUCAUUCCUGAGGGCAUUCCCAAUGCAGUGAACUGACCUUGACCCUUGGUCUAACUUUGAACCACUUGUUCGCUCUUUCUCUCGCUUAUACAGCUGUACUUAUACAACAGUACUGACAAACCCUUCAGCAUGAGAAGAGCAUAUCUGGACAAACCUCAUAAACCAGGUCAGUGAUAGGACACUCCCUGAACAAAUCCCCCAACCACAGAACCAGUCAGUAUUUCUGGGCAGUGUGUUUGUAUUGUUUGAAUACUUCACAGCAGCAGUGAAGGCUUUAGGCUCAUCCCAAGACUGAUCCCAAACCAAACAGCCUGCUGUGAGUCUGAAUGCAUCUCAUUGAACAGGUGCCGUUAUCGUGCAGGCUAAAGGAAUAGUUCAGUCAGAAAAGCUAAUGUUGCUAAGAUCACAUGACAACAACCAGCCACCAGUUAGCAUUAUGCAAAUCACAUUAUGCUAAUUGAUUGCUGCUAGCUUCCAUGCCCUGUUUGUUAACAUGUUUGGUCAGGGUGUUUGCCUGUAAACUUGUUAGUACGUCACAUUUUAUAGGUUGUUUAGUAUUCCUCUCCUUUUAACACAUCACUUAUAAUGGAGAAUCUUACAAAGAGCCUCAAUGAAUGACAGAGAACAAAAAAGAGGCUUUGCUUUGUAUUUUAUAAAAAGAGUAACUGUGUGAAAUAAUAAAGGCAGUUUUCCUUUCUUUUAA